CCCACAUGACAGUUGCUCGUUUGCGCUGCUCGCGCGCAGGUGAACGUUGGCUCUUCGCCACAGAGACCGGAAAAUGUCUUAACAGGCAGGAAUAAACCGCCGGGUAUUAUUGUUAUUAUUAAUAAGGAAGUCAGACAAAGUGAUGUUUAGACAUGUGUGACGGUAAACAUUUUAACAUCGUCAUUACUGUCUGUGUAUCGAGCGGAUGGAUAAACAGAAACCUGUGUUAAAAUGGUAGCUGUGAACUGCUGCUGGUGAUACCUGAGGAAACAACACGGAACUUCUCAUUGUGACUGAGUAUUCUGUCAUCUAGAGGCCAUGGCGCAUGACGACCGCAUGGCCAUCCUGGAAGAUGACGAGGAGGAGCUAAAAAGGAAUGAAGCUAUUUCUGAUGAUUUUAACCGCCUCCAUUUGGAGGUCCACAAGGGUGACCCCACCUCUCUACCUCUACCUGAACCCAGUGACCCUCACCCAGAAAAAACAACUGUUCCCUUCUCUGAACACCAACGAAGGUGCUGUGAUAGCAUUUUCCUCCGGAUCAACCGAUACCUUCUGGUCUCCAAAGUGUUCUACUUUUUCUUCUAUGCUGCCUAUGGCUCACUGCACCCUUUGCUAGCUGUGUUUUAUAAGCAGUUGGGGAUGAAUCCUUUCCAGUCCGGUUUGUUGGUGGGGAUUCGCUACUUUAUUGAAUUCUGCAGCGCCCCCUUUUGGGGUGUUGUGGCUGACCGGUACAGGAAGGGCAAAGCAGUGUUGCUGUUCUCCGUUUUCUGCUGGUUGGUGUUUAACUGUGGGAUUGGGUUUGUGAAACCAGCUGCAAUGAGCUGCAGGCUAGAGAACCAGAUCACAAGUACGAGUUUGGCUACAACUGUGGCUACCACUAAUGGAACAUUAACACCCAUGGUUUCCACCAAUGGGAGUUUUGGCUUAAAUAUGACUGUCACCAAUUGGACUGUAGCUCCAACUACAGCAUCCACUAUUGGAACUGUAGCUCCAACUACAGCAUCCACUAUUGGAACUGUAGCUCCAACUACAGCAUCCACUAUUGGGACUGUAGCGCCAACUACAGCCUCCAGCAAUGGGAAUUUAGGUCCACCUGUAGCUUCAACCAGUGGGACCGGAGCAGCCAUUAUACCUAAUCCAUCAGCUAAUAACACUAGGCAGCGCAGAGACCUAAUUGGACAUUUCUCCAGUUUAACUUUGCUGCCGUCCAAUAAGGAGUCAGUGUUAAGGUCUCAGCACAGAUUUCAACGAGACACUAACGUUAGCAUUAGCGUGGCUUCAGGUGUCCAGUCUACUAUUGCAGGACCUGAACAGAAUUUUACCACACACCUUCAGUCCACAACCUCCAGUAACAUGAGCUCCACCUCCACACCUCCAAACCCCAGCACCAGCACACCGCCACCCAAAUAUACGAUUGAAUACAACCCCGACCAAGUGCAGGCCAUCUUCCUCCUCAUCCUAUCGGUCGUCAUCAUCGGAGAGUUCUUCAGUGCACCUGCAGUCACCAUCGUAGACACGGUGACCCUGCAGUACCUAGGUACACACCGUGACCGUUAUGGGCUUCAGAGGAUGUGGGGCUCUCUGGGUUGGGGGUUGGCCAUGCUCUUUGUGGGCAUCUGGAUCGACCACACCAAAGUCUUCUACCACUCCGAUGGCGAUGCCGGCUGCACUCUGCCCAACUACAAGAUCGCGUUCAUCGUCUUUGGCGUGCUCAUGGCAGCAGCGCUAAUUAUUGCCACACAGUUCCAGUUUGAGGUGCGGCAUUCAGAGGGACAGACAGGGAGUGGGACGGCGCAGGAUUCCUCAGGUGUGCUGGAUGGUUCCAUGCCCCCUGAUGCUCGGGAGUUUCGCUACAUGGAGCUGUUGCAGCUUCUAUGUAGCGUGCGCUACAGCACCGUGCUGUUUGUUGCAUGGUUCAUGGGCUUCGGCUAUGGCUUCGUCUUCACCUUCCUUUUCUGGCACCUGCAGGACCUGAAUGGCACGCCCACGCUGUUUGGAGUGUGUUCCAUCCUGAGCCAUGUGUCCGAGCUUGCCGCCUACUUCACCAGCCACAAACUGAUCGAGCUGGUGGGUCAUAUAAGGGUGCUGUAUAUUGGCCUGGCAUGUAACACAGCUCGCUACCUGUACAUCUCAUACUUGAGCAACGCCUGGACUGUGCUGCCCAUGGAGGUCCUGCAGGGCGUGACCCACGCUGCAGUGUGGGCGGCGUGUAUCUCGUACCUCAGCGCCGCCGUGCCCCCCGCACUCCGCACGUCAGCUCAGGGAAUCCUACAGGGUCUCCACCUAGGACUGGGCAGGGGCUGUGGUGCCAUGCUAGGGGGCUUUCUGGCCAACUCUUUUGGUCCUGCUGAGACAUUCAGGGGGAUUGGAAUGGCCUCACUCGUCAUCCUUCUGCUGUUCGCCUUCAUCCAGAGUGUCACUGAGAAGGACAAGGAGAACAAGAUGCUGGCAGAGAACAUCCCCAUCCCCUCCAGCCCGGUCCCCAUAGCAACCAUAGACCUGAUGCCAAACUCUGAGGUCGUGACCCCGAGCGGCCACCAGGAGCCUAAACUUUCAGCCCGGAAAACACGGCACCAGGAGGAGCAGGAGGACGGCGCCAAACCCGCCUGGGCUCUCAGCGUGUCUCCGUGGGUCACCGUCGCAUUCGCCAUCGUCCAGAUCAAAGAGCUGAUUGUCAUGAGGAAGACAAACACACACACUGAGGUCCAGCCUCUACAGGACCAAGAUAAUAGUACCCCAAACUCGCAGGAUGAGAAUUCCCCUCCUGAAUCUUGUGGGAGCGCAGCGCAGGCAGAAGGUUCUCCCAGCACGACACACACCCUGCCGGACAAGGCUUCGUCUCUGGAGGCCUCUACCUGAAACAAAGCUCUCACACAUACACUUUAACUCCACUCUGACUAUGAAGGACUCUUUUUGAUUGCAUUUAUUUUUAGUAAAUAAAUUUUUAGUGUUUAUUGCGUUCCGAGCUGCACUCUGAGCUCUAGGCAUGUGUCGAUUAUCACGUACACAAAGGCUUUUUUUUAAAGCCUUUGUUUUAUCAGGAUAACAUCACAUUGUACCGUGAUAAAAGGAUAAGCUGUGAUCGAGGUACACUAGUCAGUAUGUUAAGUUAUUUUUGUAGUUUAAUGUUGUUUAUAACUUAAAGAAUUAUUUGAUUUCUGAUCAUUUUCAUCAACACUGAAAACUUAAUUUAUUUAUGUCCUGCUUUUUUAAUAGUUGUCCUGGUCCAGUGGUUAAUAGGUUCCUGUCCAGGAUUGAUUCGUUGUCAUGUUUCUAUCACACACACACACACACACACACACACACACACACACACACACACACACACACACACACACACACACACACACACACCUGCUGCUGAGUUCUGUACUGUGUUCAUCAGAUUAAUCAGUAAAUUAUCCAACUUGUUAUAACAGCGUAUCUGACAGUAAUGCAACCGCAAAGCAAAAGAUUAUAUUAAUUUUCCUUGUUCUAAUGCGUUAUCGUUUCCAAUAGCAACAGCUCACUCACACACAGGUAAAGGACGAGUCUCCAAGCCGUAUCUCUUAAGUUCUAAGUUCUUCUCAUUGACCGGAGAAGCUGCGGUUUAGUCUGCAGAGAAGAGGAGAACCUGGUGAGGAACUCGUCUGACAUUCCACAACAUUACAUUUUAAUAAAUAUUAAUAUUAUAUACAUAUUUACAUAAUACACUGUUAUUCAUUAUUAUUAAUUAUGAUUAUAUAAAACUGUGAUAGAUUAAUUUAAGGUGUGGGGAAAUUUAAAACCGAUGAAACAUCUACCAUGUUGUACAGUGUGCAGUGUGUGAUGUUUCUGUCCUCGACACCGUCUAUAGUGUAUAACACACACAAGCACAUGGACAUACACACACUUAACAUCUACAGGGCAGCAGUGGCUCAAGCGGUUAAAGCUCUGGGUUGUUGAUCAGAGGAUCUGGGUUCAAGGUGCCACUGUUGGGCCCUAGACCGAGGCCCUCAACCCACCAGGGCUUCUGUAUCAUAUAUUAAGCUGCCCCUGCACUCCAAGCCCAACCUCCUCAGUUGGGAUACGGAAAGAAAAGAAUUCAGCUGUGAUGUAUUAUGUGGUGAUAAUAAAGGCUUUCCAAAGGAGAAUCACUAUAGAAACCUCUGUGUGUGUGGGCGUGGCCACACCUAUUUGUUUUGUCUUUAUUACCUUUAACGUCUCUACCACCAGCUGAAAUUCUAUAUGUAGAGAAAAGGUUUGUGAGAUUCUCUGUGACUGUAUAAAGGGGAGUUGUGUGAUCUGUUCACUGCUCAUGUGCUGACGGACCUUCUAACCUGAAACAUCUGAUGUGAACAUCACUCUCUUCCUCUUUACCUCCAUCUCAGUGUCGACUGAUAAUAAAAUGUCUAAUCUGUAUUACAUUAAUUUAGUGGGAGAAUAAAGAUAUAUUAAAAAACA